AUGAGAUUCUGGGCACACUCUGCCUGGUCCCCACCAGUUACCCAGUCCCUGGGGCUCUGUGGUGCCGACAGUGACACCUCUGCUCUCACCCAGGUGAAGCGGCGUUCUAAGCGGGGGCAGGUGGGCAUGGUGCAGGUCGGCGUGGAGACCUACGGAGGGGGCAUCUGGAACACCUGGUUUGACCGUGACCUCACUGUGGCUGGGAGGGUGAUCAUAAAGGACCCAGCCACGGGGCGCCUGGAGCAGCGCCUGGUACGUGUGGAGCGGCCCGUCCUCCGCAUUCCUCACCUGGCCAUCCACCUGCAGCGCAGCAUCAAUGAGAACUUUGGGCCCAACACCGAGCACCACCUGGUUCCCAUUCUGGCCACUGCUGUGCAGGAGGAGCUGGAAAAGGAGGUGCUCAUGGAGGCUACACCUUGCGAUGCUGCAGCCCAGGCAGAGCGGCACAGCCCUGUCCUGCUUUCCCUGCUCUGCCCCCAGCUGGGGGUGAAACCAGAGCAGAUUGUGGAGCUGGAGCUAUGCCUGGCAGAUACGCAGCCAGCGACACUGGGUGGUGCCUUCGACGAGUUCAUCUUCUCCCCACGCCUGGACAAUCUGCACAGCUGCUACUGCGCCCUGCAGGCCUUGAUUGACUCGUGUGCGGCGCCCUCCUCACUCUCCCAGGAGCCCAAUGUGCGUCUCAUCGCACUCUACGACAACGAGGAGGUAGGGUCAGAGAGUGCACAGGGUGCAGAGUCCUUGCUGACGGAGCUGGUGCUGCGCCGGAUCUCGGCAUCGCCGCAAAACCUGACAGCCUUCGAGGAGGCCGUGGCCAAGUCCUACAUGAUCAGUGCUGAUAUGGCCCACGCUGUGCACCCCAACUACGUGGACAAGCAUGAGGAGAAUCAUCGUCCAGCCUUCCACAAGGGCCCCGUCAUCAAAGUGAACAGCAACCAGCGCUACGCCUCCACGGCUGUCACCGAAGCAGUCAUCCGGGACAUCGCCGCCCGCGUGGGUGUCCCUCUGCAGGAGUUCAUGGUGCGCAACGACACGCCCUGCGGCACCACCAUCGGCCCCAUUCUGGUGGGUCUGCUUGUUCUGGACAUCGGCUGCCCGCAGCUGGCUAUGCACUCCAUCCGGGAGAUGUGCUGCACGUCAGGGGUGCUCCAGAGCAUCACCCUCUUCAAGGUGAGCCCCAUGUCCCCCGUCCUGUGUUGA